AUGGCAGAGAAAAUGUUAGUGAAAUUUGAGAAAUAUUGGGAUGUGAUUCAUGGUAUUGUUGGAGUUUCAACAGUUUUGGAUCCUAGAUACAAGUUGGAGGUGUUGGAAUUUUAUUUUGAUAAACUUUUUGGGUCACGUGCUCUAGUAGAAGUUGAAAAUGUCCGUACUCUUUGUUUUUCUUUGCUGAGGGAGUACCAUCAAAAACUUAAUUCAAAUACAGAAGGGAAUGAUGAAUCUGUUACUUCAUCAAAUUCAGCUACUACUGGACAUGUUUCGCAGUAUGAUUUAUUUAUAAGUACUAAGAAACGUAAAAAGGUGGACUUCAUAAAAUCUGAGCUAGAACAUUAUUUGGAUGAGGAUGUUUGGACAAAGGCAGAUGGUUUUGAUGUAUUAUCUUGGUGGAAGUUAAAUUCACCCAAAUAUCCAACAUUAGCUUGCAUGGCUCGAGAUCUUUUAGCUGUUCCCGCGUCUACUGUAGCUUCGGAGUCAGCUUUUAGCUACAGCGGAAGGUUGGUGAGUCAUCUUCGGGAUAUGCAACUAUCUAUAAAGAUUUUGAGGUGGAGGAUUCUUGUUUUACUAGAGAACUCUGAUUUUUUAAGGAGGAGCCAGGGAGGAUUUCAGGCAUUGGCCGAAUACAAAAAUCUGGAUGCUCAGGAUUAG